UUAAUCUUUCUCCACUCUUCCCCCCCUCAGGGCUCAGAUCAAUUCAACCCCAAAACACAAUGCACCCUUCCAAUCCCUAGCCAUGACGUCACGCCCCGUCCAAUUCCUCCUCCUCCUCCUCCUCCUCUCCGCCGCCGCCGCAGCGAUCCAAUUCGACUUCGGCUCUCUCACAUUCUCCAAACUCAAGCUCCUCGGGGAGGCCCACUGGACCAACUCCACCGUCCGCCUCACCCGCGACCUCGGCGUCCCCAGCUCCGGCGCCGGCCGCCUCCUCUUCUCCGACCCCAUCCCCUUCCGCCGCCGCGCCUCCAACCUCACCGCCAGCUUCUCCACCUUCUUCUCCUUCUCCGUCCGCAACCUCAACCCCUCCUCCGUCGGCGGCGGCCUCGCCUUCGUCGUCUCCCCCGACGCCGCCGCCCUCGGCGACGCCGGCGAAUUCCUCGGCUUCAUCACCGCCGCCGGCGACCCCCCCGGCGCCGUCGCGGUCGAGUUCGACACCGCCAUGGACGCCGGGCUGGGCGACAUCAACGGCAACCACGUCGGGCUGGACGUCGGCUCGGCCGUAUCGACUCGGUCGGUCGAUCUCGAGUCGAUCGGCGUCCAGUUAACGAGCGGCGAUUCGAUCAACUCGUGGGUGGAUUACACCGGGUCGACUCGGUCGAUCCGGGUGUACGUCUCGCUGUCGGACCGGAAGCCGAAGGAGGCGGUGAUCGCGGCCGAGAUCGAUCUCGGCGAGUCGAUCCCGGGCGACUCGGUGUACGUCGGAUUCUCCGGGUCGACUCAGGGGAGCACCGAGGCCCACACGAUCGAGUGGUGGAGCUUCCGAUCCUCGUUCGACGACGACGGGCCGAGUCACGACUCGCCGCCGGCUCCGGCGCCGGAGGAUUCGCCGCCGGUGGAGUUUCCAUUGACGCCGGAAACUUCCACCCCGCCGCCGCCGUCUCCCGCGCCCGAGGCGCAAAAUGUGACGGCUGCGCGCGUGGCGGCGAGAGGAGGAGGCGGCAAAUGCCACGGGUCAAUGUGCCCCGGCGCGGUGGCCGGGGUCGUGACGGCCGGGGCGUUUGUCCUGGGAUUUUGCGCCGUUGGGUUCAUAUGGAUCUAUAAGAGGAAAUUCAAGAAAGGGGAGAAAAGGGAAUAUUUUGCUUCGGAUGUGAUCAAAAUGCCUAAGGAAUUCAGCUAUAGGGAUCUGAAAUUAGCCACGAAAGGUUUUGAUUCGGAUCGAAUAAUCGGUAACGGCGCAUUCGGCACGGUUUAUAAGGGGAUUUUGCCCGAGACGGGCGGCGCUGUCGCGGUGAAGCGGUGCAGCCACACCGGGCAGGGGACGGCCGAGUUCUUGUCCGAGUUAUCGAUAAUCGGAACUCUUAGGCAUAGGAACCUAGUUAGGCUACAAGGGUGGUGCCACGAGAAGGGUGAAAUUUUACUAGUCUAUGACUUAAUGUCCAAUGGGAGUUUGGAUAAAGCCUUAUUCGAGUCCGCGUUCGUGCUGACGUGGAUGAACCGUCGCAAAAUUUUGACCGGGGUCGCGUCGGCCCUCGCGUACUUGCACCAAGAAUGCGAGAAUCAAGUGAUCCAUCGCGACGUAAAGAGCAGCAACAUUAUGCUCGACGACGCUUUCAACGCUAGGUUAGGCGAUUUCGGGCUAGCCAGGCAAAUCGAGCACGACAAGUCCCCGGACGCCACGACCGCGGCCGGGACAAUGGGGUAUCUCGCGCCCGAGUACCUGAUAACCGGCCGGGCGACCGACAAGACCGACGUUUUCAGCUACGGUGCGGUGGUGCUAGAGGUGGCGACGGGGCGGAGGCCGAUCGAGAAGGAAUUUUUCGACGGAAGGGGCGGGAAUUUGGUGGAGUGGGUGUGGAGCUUGCAUCGGGACGGGCGGUUGUUGGACGCGGCCGACCCGCGACUCGGGAGGGAGUACGACGAAGAGGCGAUGGGGCGAGUGUUGCGGGUGGGGCUCGCCUGCUCGCACCCGGACCCGAUGUUCAGGCCGAGUGCGAGGGGCGUGGUGCAGAUGCUACUAGGGGAUGUUGAGGUCCCCAUUGUGCCUAGUAGCACUAGGCCAACAAUGAGCUUUACCACAUCACAAUUGUUGAUGACAUUGCAAGAUAGUGUGUCGGAUAUGAAUGAGAUGAUCACAAUCUCCACCACCUCGUCGGAAUGUAGCUUCAUCGGCGGCGGAGAUGGCGGCGGAGGAGGACUACACCUGGUCUAGCUAGUAAAGUAUUGUCCUAUUUUUAAAAUUUUGUCACUAAUUGAAUAUAUUCAUUGAUUUGUGAUUUACAAAGGAGAAAGAAAGUAGCACCAAUAAUUUAUUGGCUUGUUGGUAGCAUAUAAUAUUGCUGCAAUUUAUGUAAUUUAAUCUUCAAUUUUUGGUCUUUUUAAUUAUGAGAUUUUGGUUAAUUCUCCCUCGGUUUAA